CACAGUAACCCGAUAAAACAUUCCAAUACAAUCACACUAACAUGGCCGAAGCUAGACAGGAAGAAAGCGCACUCAUCAUUAAAAAAAUCGUAGAAGAAUGUUUACAAAAAUUUGAAAUUCUAAAAUGGUGUCCCAAUAAUGCGAAAUUGUACGAUUCGACUGGCACGUAUUCAAUUGCUAACCUGUUGCACCAGAAAAGCAAAAGAUUGCGUUCGAUUUUAGGAAAGAUUGCCGAAAAUCCGAAACACCUUGCAUCGGACACUUCGCAAAGCACACUUGGAAGUUACAUACCGUGUGAUGAAAGCGCUUCAGGAGAAGAAAGAAUGUACUAUGAUCGUUUUGAGUAUCUCGAUCGAUGCAAAGUGAUUCAGCGACUGGCAAAAAGGCUUGAAAUGCUUAAAUAUCAAUACCACGAGUGGAAUCACCAACUUAACGAAGAAUCACAAAUCGAAAUGACCAAACAACGCUUUGUUAUGCUAUGGGAAUCGGCCCGUAAAGAGCAGUUGCAAAAAUCCAUUUCGCUGCGUGUACAAGAUCUUCAGAAAGAACAGACGAUCUCGGACCGUUGUAGGGCAAACGCAUUUCAGACAGCGCUUACUAUAAAUCAAUACUAUGAUUGGAAGCUGGCGAACACUGAGCAAGCUAUUGAAGACUGGAUGACGCGUUUCGAUCACGAAAAAGAGGAACAAGAUGCUCGUUUUCAAAAGGCUCGCGCGACAGAAAAGUAUUGGAACGAGUUACUACGACUAUACGAACAACAGGCACAGCAAAUACUUGAUUUAGAAAAAGAUUUAGCGUGUUGGGAAACGGAAGCAGAAUUCAAAGAAUUUUGCCACCGGAUGGCCACAAAAUUGCAAGCCUGGUGGCGCGGCGUAAUGACGCGGAAAGGAUAUGGCAGAUUUGGCACAUCUGGAAGGAAUAGGCGAAAGAAAAGCAAGCCUAAGGACAAAAUAAAACUUAAAAAAAACAAUAAAUAG